AUGGCUCCUCCCAGAAAGAGAGCUAGAUCUUCGCGACCUCGCAAGGAGGAUUCGCCCGUGGCACAGCAGUCUCUCAAUGCUCUUUCCGACUAUCGCACCUCUUGGCUGCUCAAGGGCGAGGACCAGGUUAUUGAGCUCAAGGUGAAGGGAGAGACGUUCCAGGUAGCCAAGAGCGUUCUCACGAAGACCUCGGAGUACUUCGAUGGCUGCCUCAACAGCCAGUUCGUCGAGGCCAAGAAGCGAGUGAUCGACUUUGGAGACGACGACGAUGAUAUCCAGCCCCGCUACCUGGGCCUCUACCUCGGCGUCGCUUAUAGUCACGUCUCCAUGGUCCCCCAUACGACUCCUCGCCCCGCGACCAACCCUGAGAUGACUGCGGCCAGAACUCCUCUCCGUGAGUGGGUUGAGGUCUACAAGCUUUGCGACCGCUUCAUCAGCACCAAGAUGGGCGACUACAUCGAGGAGUGCAUCGACGUCGCCAUUGGAGACGGACACCGCGCUCUCUUCCGCACCCACGGCGACGAAGCCAUCCAGCGCCUGCUCAUGCGAGACUUUGCCGCCGCGUACGAGGCCCUCUACCAGGAGAACGUUGCGCAGCGCGACAUGGGCAACCGCAUGGUCUCUUACUUUUGCGAGGCCGUCAGCUACGGCGUCUGGUCCAACAGCAUGACCACGGGCACCCUUGACGACCACCCCCGAUUCGUCGCCCACGUCUCCCGUGGCUUUGCGCUCAAGCUUCUUCAGCUUGAAGGUAGCCGCAAGCUCAAGCGCAAGGAGCUGUCUGGUCCUAGCGCUCAGGAUCCCUAA